AUGCUUCCACAGUACUCCCACCAACCUCGCCUGCCGCCGCCAUCCAAUAUCGGCGCCCUCUCCACCCCUUCCGUCACGGCUCGCAAGCGCAAGCGGCAGCAAUUCACGGUCACCUACAGCGAGGUCCAGGAGGUCGACAACACAGGCAAGCUCCGCGAAGUGAUUGUCAUCGACGACACUCCCCCACCGCCCACCGUCUCCCCUGCGUCGACCCACACGGCCAUGUACUCGGCCUCCCUCCAACCCGCCGUCUUUUCUGCCCCAAUCCGCACCCGCGCUAGAGCUGCCGCCGAAGCACAGGCUCUCUCCGCCAGCACAUCCUCGGGCGCAACCCUUGCUGCGCCCGCCCCCAAGAAACGCAAGCGGGACCCGGCGGAUGACGUUGGCGCCGUCUCGAAGAAGGCGGUGACGAAUGGCCAGACCUCCAACGCUAUCGCUCAGCGAGCCCAGGCCAACGGGAGCAACGCAGUUGCAGACGACAAGGGCCCCGCGACCUGGGACGACAAAGAGGGACACUACAUUAUCACCCCAGAUGACAUGAUCUACAGGCGCUACCGCACGGUCCGUCUGCUGGGACAGGGAACAUUCGGCAAGGUCGUCGAAGCUGUGGACACCGAGACCAACAAGAGAGUUGCUAUCAAGAUCAUCCGAGCAAUUCCCAAGUACCGCGACGCGAGCAAAAUUGAAGUGCGGGUCCUUCAAAAGCUGAAGGAGCGAGACCCCCUCAACAGACACAAAUGCAUUCAUUUGCUCGCUUGGUUCGACCAUCGCAACCACAUUUGCCUAGUUUCGGAACUCCUUGGCAUGUGUGUAUAUGAUUUCCUCAAGGAGAACGACUUCGCUCCCUUCCCUCGUCAACAUAUCCAAGCAUUUGCAAGACAACUCCUUGGCAGUGUAGCAUUCCUUCACGAACUUCAUCUCAUCCACACCGACCUCAAGCCGGAAAAUAUCUUAUUGGUAAACAAUAGUUCUGAUGCUAUCGAAAUCCCCAGUUCGUCCAAGCGCAGUGCGCCAAAGAGGGUGAAAAGGAUCCUUCAAUCAACGGACAUCCGACUCAUCGAUUUCGGGUCUGCGACCUUCGAAGAGGAGUACCAUUCCAGUGUCGUGUCGACAAGGCAUUAUCGCGCACCUGAGAUCAUUCUCGGUCUCGGCUGGUCAUAUCCUUGUGACGCCUUCUCGCUCGGCUGCAUCCUCGUCGAGUUCUUCACUGGCGUGGCGCUGUUUCAGACACACGACAACUUGGAGCACCUGGCCAUGAUGGAGCAAGUCAUGGGCAAGAUGCCUGAACGGUUCGCCCGGUCAGGUGCUCGCGCGAAGCCAGAGUACUUCAAGGAAGGGGGCAAGCUCGAUUGGCCGAAGCCGAAGGCUUCGAGACAAAGCAAGAAGGACGUUAGGUCAUGUCGUAGUCUUCAGGAAAUUAUCACUGCGACAGAUCCCAUUAAUCGGAGUUUCCUUGACCUGGUGAAGAAGUUGCUCACGUUCGACCCCGCGCAGCGGAUAUCCGUCAAGGAGGCCUUGGCGCACCCGUACUUCUCAUUGCCAGUCCCUCACGAAUACUGA